GGAGGCGGCCGCUGUGGCGGCGGCGGGAGCUGCUGCGAAGCUACACCGCACUAGGGCUCCCCUCCCUUUCCCCGCCCCCUCCCCGACCCUUUUCCCCUCCCCAGGCCACCCAGCCCGCCCAACUCCCGGCGGAGAGCAAGGCCAGAGGAGCCGUUGCUCGGCGGGUCCCUCGGGGAGCAGGGGAAAGCCUGGGCCGCGGAGGGCGAAGAGGAGGUUUGAACGAGCCCGCUCUCGGACCGGGCCGCCUACUCCUCGGGUUUCCUCCUGUUUCAUAGUCAACCAGAACAAUGUUCUACGCACAUUUUGUCCUCAGUAAAAGAGGGCCACUGGCCAAAAUCUGGCUUGCGGCCCACUGGGAUAAGAAGCUAACCAAAGCCCAUGUGUUUGAGUGUAAUUUAGAGAGCAGUGUGGAGAGUAUCAUCUCACCAAAGGUGAAGAUGGCACUCCGAACAUCAGGACAUCUCUUACUGGGAGUAGUUCGAAUCUAUCACAGAAAAGCCAAAUACCUCCUGGCAGAUUGUAAUGAGGCAUUCAUUAAAAUAAAGAUGGCUUUUCGGCCAGGUGUUGUUGACCUGCCUGAGGAAAAUCGAGAAGCUGCGUACAAUGCCAUUACUUUACCUGAAGAAUUUCAUGAUUUUGAUCAGCCACUGCCUGACUUAGAUGACAUUGAUGUGGCCCAGCAGUUCAGCCUGAACCAGAGUAGAGUGGAAGAGAUAACCAUGAGAGAAGAAGUUGGAAACAUCAGUAUUCUACAAGAAAAUGAUUUUGGUGACUUUGGAAUGGAUGAUCGUGAGAUAAUGAGAGAAGGCAGCGCUUUCGAGGAUGACGACAUGUUAGCAAGCACUGGUGCUUCUAACCUCCUAUUAGAGCCUGAGCAGAGCACCAGCAAUCUUAAUGAGAAAAUUAACCAUUUAGAAUAUGAAGACCAAUAUAAGGAUGACAAUUUUGGAGAAGGAAAUGAUGGUGGUAUAUUAGAUGACAAGCUGAUUAGUAAUAAUGAUGGCGGUAUCUUUGACGACCCCCCUGCCCUGUCUGAGGCGGGGGUGAUGUUGCCAGAGCAGCCUGCACACGAUGAUAUGGACGAGGAUGAUAACGUGUCAAUGGGUGGGCCUGAUAGUCCUGAUUCAGUGGAUCCUGUCGAACCAAUGCCAACUAUGACUGAUCAGACAACGCUUGUUCCAAAUGAGGAAGAAGCCUUUGCUUUGGAACCUAUUGAUAUCACUGUCAAAGAAACAAAAGCCAAGAGGAAGAGGAAGCUCAUUGUUGACAGUGUCAAAGAGUUGGAUAGCAAGACAAUUAGAGCCCAGCUUAGUGAUUAUUCUGACAUUGUUACUACUUUGGAUCUGGCACCACCCACCAAGAAAUUGAUGAUGUGGAAAGAGACAGGAGGAGUGGAAAAACUCUUCUCUUUACCUGCUCAGCCUUUAUGGAAUAACAGACUACUGAAGCUUUUUACACGCUGUCUUACACCACUAGUACCAGAAGAUCUUCGAAAAAGGAGGAAAGGAGGAGAGGCUGAUAAUUUGGAUGAAUUCCUCAAAGAAUUUGAAAAUCCAGAGGUUCCCAGAGAGGACCAGCAGCAGCAACAUCAGCAGCGUGAUGUUAUCGAUGAGCCCAUUUUGGAAGAGCCAAGCCGCCUCCAGGAGACGAUGGAGACCAGCAGGACAAACUUGGAUGAGUCAGCCAUGCCCCCACCACCACCUCAGGGAGUUAAACGAAAAGCGGGACAAAUUGACCCAGAACCCGUGAUCCCUCCUCAGCAGGCAGAGCAGAUGGAAAUACCUCCUGUAGAGCUGCCCCCAGAAGAACCUCCAAAUAUCUGUCAGUUAAUUCCAGAGUUAGAACUUUUACCAGAAAAGGAAAAAGAGAAGGAGAAGGAGAAAGAAGAUGACGAAGAGGAGGAGGAUGAAGAUGCUUCAGGAGGUGAUCAGGAUCAAGAGGAAAGAAGGUGGAACAAAAGGACCCAGCAGAUGCUUCAUGGUCUUCAGCGAGCUCUUGCCAAAACUGGAGCUGAAUCUAUCAGUUUGCUUGAGCUGUGCCGAAACACGAACAGAAAGCAAGCUGCAGCAAAGUUCUACAGCUUCUUGGUUCUUAAAAAGCAGCAAGCUAUUGAGCUGACACAGGAAGAACCAUACAGUGAUAUCAUUGCAACACCGGGACCAAGGUUCCACAUUAUUUGAGCAGCUAGAAGCGUUAGUGCUAGUGUUCAUUUCACUAGUGUGUACAAAUUGCCCCCAUGUGUAGGGCACACAAAACCCUUCCAGAAAAUUUAGAUUUUUGUCUGUACAAAGUCUCUGCCUUUUUUUCAUUUUUUCCAGUAUUUUAAAUUUACCCAUUUCCUCUUAAAGCAGAAUUGUUUGUAUGGUGUUUGUAUUCUGGUGGAGAAAGCAAGCACCCCAAGAUUAAUUUAACAGUCCAGAACAGAUGUGUGCAAUAUUGGCGCAUAUAAUUGAGUAGCAGCGGAAGGUUGGGGUUUUUAUCUUAGUUCUCCAUUACUGCAUUAUAAAGGAGAACGUUUCAGGAAAAAAACACCUGACAGUUAAGAACAGUAGUGUGACUCUUUGACAGAAAUUGUCUUUUCCCAUCAGCAACACCCAGCAGUUUUAGAAGGGACCAUUGUCCUUCAGGGAUGGUUCCCCAAACAGAGACUGUCUUCUCGGGAUGAGUUUUAAAGUAUAAUUUCACAAUUCACCAUGGGGGAGGGGGGGGGGGGCGGGAAUGUGAAAUUAAUUGUACUGUAACUACAAAAAGAUAGGACUUGGUUUAAAGUGCCCUAUUUUGUAAAUCAUUCCAUUUGAAACUUUUUAAUGAAUCUUACUAUACUGAAAUCUGUUGUUUUAGUGAGACUCUAAAAUGAGCCGAAAUAGACUUUUUAGAGUAGAAUGAAUAUAAAAAGCAUCUAUAAUUUUCCAGGAGCUAUAAAUCAAGGUUUUAAAAAGAUGUUUGGACAUAUUUGAGUAUUCAGAUCAUGAAAAUAGAAAUUGCUAUGCUAACUGAAAGGACAGACUGAUGGGAAAUUGUACAACUGGAGGACUUAACCUUUAAGCAGACAGCGCUGUAAAAACUAAUGGCUUCUUUGAUAUUUAUUGUAAGUUUUAGUACUGAUCUUUUUUUCCAAAGCUUGCACACUCCUUUGUUUGGAACUGUAAUAGCUUUGCAACAGAAAUCCAAUAGUUUCCUGUAAUUUAAGUGAAGAAAAACAUCCAAAUAAAGGCUUUAAAUAUUAACAGACCAGGUAGCACAAAAAUUAUGUAACUGUUAUGAUUAUCAAAACAUGUCUUAACUUUUUAGGGCAAAAUUACACACACUAAAAGUUCUAGCUUAAGUGUUGGCACUUGUGUGGAAAAAAAAAAAAAUCAGACUUCAGUGUAUACCCAAUAAUUUUAAAUUAUGUGAGAUGUUUUAAAUUUGUGAACUCGUAAUUACUGUUUUGAUGAUUCAGUUUCUUGAGAAUGGUAAUUGUAUAAAAUUGCUGUUGCCGCUUUAUUUCAGUAUCAUGUGCCUGUAAACCAUGGAUUUUUCUCCCUUUGUAUAAAGACAUUGUAGAUAAUUGAAUGUUUGAUUAUAGAAAGGUCAUUAGUUUCUUGUUACACAUUUUGUUAGUCUGGUUUUUGUUGCUUAUCGGGUUUAAUAUUGUUCUUGAAAAUAGUUGAUGCUAUGUUAUGUAUAACUUUUCUAAUAAAAGUUGUGUUAUAAGCUGUAAA